AAGUCGCCAAAGCCCUGCAGUAUGCCGGCUUAGGCCAAAUUCUUCGACCUGAUUCCUGGACUCUAGUGCGGCUAGGAUGGACGAUGAUACCAGACCGUUCAAUGCCUGAUAAACCAUUCACCCCAAACCCCGCCUCUUACUCUUCGCAUCGGUCGCGCGAUCUGCUUUAAGAUACCAGUAAAAGUGAUCAAUGUCAAACGGAACCAUGCCAGCAAGUAGCCCGCUCAACCUCGCCAUCCUCGAUGACUACCAAAACAUCGCUACCGCCAAAUUCUCCCACCUGAAACUCCAUCUCACAUCCAUAACCUCGUUCCCAGAGACCCUGCACCCAAGCCACAAUGAUGGCGACAAAGCAGCUCUCAUCAGCCGGCUAAAACCAUAUCACAUAAUCUCCACAAUGCUCGAACGGACUCCGUUCUCUGCAGAGGUCAUCUCCCCCCUCCCCAACCUCAAAUACCUCCUUAUCACCGGCCACUGCAACCGCGCCAUAGACCAGCAGGCAUGUGCGGAGUGGGGCAUCCUGGUUACGGGGACUACAGGUCUCGGAGCCCAUUCGCAAAAGCUAGACUCCUUACCACAUACCGGCUCAACGACGGAACAUACCUGGGCAUUGAUCCUGGGCAUGGCGCGGAAUAUCGCGCGGGAUGAUGCGGUGGUGAAGAGCGGCGGGUGGCAGGGGAGUUUUGCGGCGGGGUUGGAGAGGAAGACGCUCGGGUCGCUCGGGUCGCUCGGGACGGCGACUGAAAAGAUCGGAGCAUUGGCGUUCGGCAUGCGAGUCGUCGCGUGGUCGAGUAAUCUCACGCAGGACAUGGCGGAUGAGAAGGCUGCGGCAUUGGGUUUACCGGCAGGCGCCUUUGAGGUUGUCUCGACGCUGCUGAAGACGUUGAAGGAGGGGAAGAUAAGGGGUGCUGCACUGGACGCUUUCGAUAUGGAACCCUUGCCUGGUGACAGCGCGUGGAGAACAACGAGACGGGGAGUGGAGGGCCGCAGCGAGGGUUUGCUCCCACAGCAUAUGGGAUAUGAGGAACAAGCGGAGAAUUUGGUUAAAUGGAAAUGA